AUGACAUUUGAGAAAAGAGUUUUAGUAUGUGGUGGUGCUGGUUUUAUAGGCUCCAACUUUUUAAAUCACUUAGUUCCAAAGUAUCCAAACUAUUACUUUUUAUGUGUUGAUACAUUAAAUUAUGCUGCUAAUUAUGAAAAUAUCAAACAUUUGGUAGAAUCAUGUAAGAAUUUUCAAUUUAUAAAAUUAGAUAUUGGAGAUCCUUCAUUAAUUGAAAUUGUCAAAGAGUAUCAAGUUAACGAGAUUAUUAAUUUUGCUGCUGAAUCUUGUGUUGAUAGAUCAUUUGAAAAUCCGUAUUAUUUCACCAAAAACAACGUACUAUCGACUCAAAAUUUGUUAGAGGUUUGCAGAAUGUUACCAGAUCAGAUAUCAUUUAUGAUUCAUAAUUCUACAGAUGAAGUAUAUGGAGAUGAAGACGGUGACAAAGAUGAAAAUUCAGUUUUGAACCCCACUAAUCCUUAUUCUGCAACUAAAGGAUGCAUGGAUCUAAUUAUAAAUUCAUACGUUUAUAGUUAUAAAUUACCAAUUACCAUAAUUAGACCAAAUAAUAUUUACGGACCAUUACAAUAUCCCGAGAAAAUCAUAUCAAGAACAAUAAAGUGCAUCCAAGAUGGUACUAGAAUGCCUAUACAUGGAGAUGGUAAGUGCAAAAGGAGAUAUUUAUAUGUUUCAGAUUUGGUAAAUGCUAUUGAUUUAAUUUGGCAUGAAGAUAGAGAUAAGGUGGUGGGUGAAAUAUUCAAUGUUGGAAGUGAUGAUGAGCCAAUUGAUAAUAAUGCAGUAGUCAAAUUAGUAAAUGAGAUAUUCAAUGAGAAUGGAGAUGCUAAAGUUGAACAUAUUAAAGAUAGGAAUUAUAAUGAUUUAGAUUAUUCAAUAUUAUCAACAAAGAUUAAGCAAUUAGGUUGGAAACAAGAAUUCUCAUUAAAGGAAGGAUUAAACUUGUACAAGAUGUACGUAGAGGCAAAUAAAAAUAAAUAG